UGCGCCUCUUCACUCCGUCACCAAAGAAGAAGAAUGCAUCCUUCAGACGCCUGAACCGCACAAGUCCUCCGGCCCUCGGUGACACCUGUCUGACCUCAGACUUCAGCGGACGCAGCAGCAGCUGAGCGGAGAAGGCGCGCGGCGCACACACGGACGCACCAUGCACUGUCAAGCCGAGCUGAGGCUCUCCUCCCCGGGCCAGCUGAAGGCUGCCAGGCGGCGCUACAAGACUUUCAUGAUCGACGAGAUCCUGUCGAAGGAGACCUGUGAUUAUUUUGAGAAACUUUCUCUGUACUCAGUGUGCCCGUCGCUCAUCGUCCGGCCGAAGCCUCUCCACUCAUGUUCGGGCUCUUCGUCACUACGUGCCUACCCUCUCCUCUCAGUGAUCACGCGGCAGCCCCCCCACAUUUCUCAGGUGUCUUCUCCAAGCGGGGUCCCCUCACACCUGCCUCUGUUGUCCCCGCAGCACCCAAGAGGCUCCGAGCCCUCGCCGAGCCAGACGCCCCUCAGCAUCAGCAGCGAGUCGGAGACGGAGCACAGCACGCCUCGUCUGAAGAAGCCACGGCGCAGUCGCACCAUCUUCACCGAGCUGCAGCUGAUGGGCCUGGAGAAGAAGUUCCAGAAGCAGAAGUACCUGUCCACACCUGAUAGGUUAGACCUGGCCCAGUCCCUCGGUCUCACACAGCUCCAGGUGAAGACGUGGUACCAGAACAGGCGCAUGAAGUGGAAGAAAAUGGUUCUCAAAGGAGGCCACGAGGCCCCGACUAAGCCCAAGGGAAGGCCCAAGAAGAACUCCAUCCCCACCACGGAGGAAAUCGAGGCUGAAGAACGCAGACUGAAGAUGGAGGAGGAGGAGAGAAUGAGGAGGGCAGCAGAAAAAACAGCGCUGGCUCUGGCGGGAGAGGAAUCCCAGCUUGAGCCUGAGGAUCUCAGCACAGAAACUCACAGUCCAGCCCCGGCGAUGGAGGGAUCCGAGCGAGAGCUGCCGCUUCUGAUGCAGUCAGAGACGCAAACAGCCAGCUAAGCCAGACCUGAAUAACCAAAGACUAACGCCAACCUGAACAAAUAGUGCCUCAGGACCACUGUAAAAAGCCUGUGUGGUGUUUAAAGCCUUUACAAGUUUGACUGGAAAUAUAGUGAUGGUGUCAAAUCUAUACCGGAUGUAGCCUUUUAUAUUUUUGUGCAUUUGCAAAUGUACCGUACACAGAGCUAAUAUGUAAAGACACUGAGUGUGCUAGCAAAGACGUGGCCUUUAUUUGAGCUGCUGUUCUGUGUAAGGAGUGUAAAUCUGUCACAGCUCAACUUGAAUCAUGCGUCACCCUUUUGUGCAUUACAAGCAUUAAAGAUCAGCAAUCCUCCAAGCUGCCUCACAUAACGCACGUGCCAAAAUAUCAAGAAAUGCCUUCCUGUAGUGUUUGUGAAUACCUGCGUGUCAUAGACCCAUAGGCCCAUUUACACUCCCUUUACGUACGAAAAUGUACACGUCCUUUUCACACGAUGUUACCGCCACUGCCCACAUACUUCCAUGCGUCCUUUACAUUGUCAUGGAUGUUAACCGAUAC